CAUGGGGAGUCUAUAAGGACAGGCUUUACUCACAUCCGUCACAUCGCAGGACUACAGCAACAAGCAAGGGUCCACGAGACAGCACUACUGUUUACGGAUCCCAUCUUACAGUAAUGUGGGGACGACUGGUGCCAUUGUUAUGCCUAGUGGCAGGUAUCCAUUCCGACAGAAAAGACAUUCCUAACUUCUCAGCUCUCGUGGUCUGCUCCGAUACAGCAUCAGUCACCUCGGCGUCUCAGAAAUGCCUUAAUCUCUUCAACAUCCCGCUGACCCUCCCCGACCCAGAGUUGCUGGCCAACACGUCGACCUCUUCAAUGGCAAUACAAUCCAUUGUCGCGCAGUUGGACAGUAACACUACAAGAAUGCUUUGCCAACCCGAGAACAGGGAGAACUAUGUGAGCGCCUCGCUAUGUACUGGCUUCAUCAUGAAGGAGUGCACGAAGUCCAACCCUGUACUCCAGGCUGCGAUACCUUCAGAAGACAAGAUCAGGCAACAGCUCGAGUUCCAGUGCAGUGACGUAGAAGGUUUGAUACGAGACUGUAUGAUAUCUAAGAUGACGGAAAUACAAGAUUGCAUGAACUUCACCAGAAGGCCCCCUGUGCCAACUGGUAACAACACCAUUGACGUUGAAUGGGCCACUCGGAGUACAUGCGCGAUCUACGUGCUGGCUCGUCUGUGUGGCAAGAAGCACCUGAAGUCGUGUGGCGAUGCAGCUGUACAGCAACAUGAAAUGUCAAUCCCUGACCCAGAAAUUUGUAGAAAUUUUACUGAUGGAAGUCUGGGAAUAGAUAGGAACCUGCCAGUAGAUUGUUCCAGCAAGUGGGGAGUGAGAAGGGGCUACCUUAACUGUCUUGGAGACGCUGGCAUCACGCUGACCAUUCCAGAUUUCGACACUAGCGAGCAGUACAGCGAGUACAUUCUUAGAACAAUCACCCUCGAUCACAGUCAACAAAUGUGCAGUGAAUUAUCCAUGCAUCGGGACGCGGUCAACUGUACGCUGUCUGUACAGAGUGAAUGCAGCGUAGACAGCCUUAAGCCCACUGUACCCGACAUACAGACAGUGCAGGCUGGUUUGGGGAAUCUCUGUAAAACAAUAACAGAGUUUGAAGCAGGUUGUGUUGUAGCAGCAACGAAAUCAGCCUGUAAUGCCGGCAGGAAACGUCGCUCAGUGUCUCACCGGAGUAUUCUCAAGCAUUUGUGUCAAGACACGGCUGACCGUAACACGUGUCUGGUGCAGUCCGUGAACACCUGCAAGACGUCAACCAAAUCCUCCUACAGCAAGGUCCUCACCUCACAGCGGCCCAAGAUGUGUCUAGCAGGUCAGAGCACCACCGUCGGCGGCAACUCGGCAUACCAACCUGUCAUGUCUCUUUUCGCCAUGGCAAUGUUAUUACUGCUGGUGCACUAAUCAUUAUGUUAUAUAUUAGGGGUAUGUCAUUGGUUCUGUGCCAUGUUUGCAUGUGUUUUCAUUGCGUCGAGGACAGUGCGCAAUGAUAAUGUCUCAUGACUUAUUGCGUUUCUGAACAUACGAUCGUGUUUCAGCUUACAUGCUUGACAUCUGGGUACAAUGUGUGAAGCCCAUUUCUGGUGUCCCCCGCCGUGAUAUUGCUGGGAUAUUGCUAAAAGCGGCGUAAAAACCAUACUCACUCACACUCAUGCUUGACAUCAGACCUGCUAAUAUGUCCUUUGUUAUCUUGUUGAUAUACAUUUCCUAAAUAUUGUCUGUACAUAUUAUGCAUAAUAUAUACUACUCAAAAGAAGUUACAGAACACCCGAUUGUUCAUUUGCUUGAAGAACAUUUCCCCAAACAUGUAAGAAUAUAUAUAUGUAUUGACCAGCGACGACCUCAAGGCUGCUGUGGAUUCCAGCGCUCGAGGUGUCACAAAGAAAAGCCAACAAGGCUAUUUAACUGUAAUUAUCAUUUUGUACUUACGAAUGUCGCCAAAUAUU